AUGCCCGCUGCUCUAAGUAAAAGUCUCUCCCAACCAGCAGCCGCCGACAAAGGCUGUCGAUGGCUCUCCCGUUCGACCGAAGGCGCCCAUUGUGAUGCCCAUCACGGCAAGCCCUACAGCCACCUGUUCAUCCAGAUGAUGGCAGAAAUCUCUGGCGACGACAGUCACCAACCAGAGUCGCAGCAGAUUUGCUGCGGCGAGACUUAUAUGCGCGCAGGUGCGCAACCCCAGACGGUGCGGACGACCUCUCCGCGCCUCCAGCCUGCGUCUUCAGCUCCUCAGCCUGUUAUUACGGAUAUCUGUUAUGAGAACCGGACAAGACUUGGGGUUUUCUCGACAGUGUACAAGUGA